CCUGUUCCAUCGAAAUUGCACCACGUGGAAGAAAUACGUUAUAUGAACGUUUUGGUUAGUCAAAACAUUUUACCGUUUAGAGCCGUCUGAAUUUCCCAAUCUGAACUUAUGAAGAAUCUGAAAUCUCUCGAGUAUUUAUCUUCUUCAAGAAAAGGAAAGAAACGCCUUCGAAGCCUGGCGAAAGCUAGAAAAAAAUGGAUUACACGAGAUCAAAAUGGCUUCCGUACCGGCGAUUUGGAAUUGGGAAAAACGUGCUCUUCAACAAACACUAGUUCUUGCCCAAGUGAGGCAAGCAGUUUAUCUACUGAGGAUUCAGAAAGUCUAAACUGUGUAGUAGAAUAUAACGAGGACAACCAAGGUAUCGAGCAAUCCGUCGAAGUUCGAAGCCCGGUUGCGCUAGACUGCGAAAUGGUUGGUGUCGGUGAAGAAAUGAAAAGCGCCUUAGCCCGAUGUAGUAUUGUUAACUAUGAUGGAAAGGUUAUCUACGAUGUAUACGUUAAACCAGAUGAACCCAUAACUGACUUCAGGACACGUUGGAGUGGUAUCAGACCUGUUCACAUGGAUAGAGCGAUCUCGUUACGAAAAGCACGUCGACAAGCAAAAAGACUGCUGAAGAAUCGGGUACUCGUAGGGCAUGCAUUACAAUUUGAUUUACACGUCUUAAAAUUGAACCACCCCGAAUUAUUGAUUAGGGACACAUCGAAGUUUAUUCCCCUUCGUAUUAACGCAGGAUUUCAUAAAGAUGUUACCCCAUCGCUUAAAAAGUUGAGUAGUCGUCUUCUAAGUUCUGACAUUCAGAUCGAUGAGCACUGUUCUGUCGAGGACGCGAGGGCCGCUAUGCAGUUGUACAGGUCAUGUGAACACGAAUGGGAGCAACAUAUCAAAGGUUUAGACUGUUCUUCGUACUUGAGUGAUGUGUACUGGCCGACAUGGACAGACCAAAGGGAUAAUUAGAAUCAUUGACACCCCCAGAAUGCGUAUUGUUUGGAGCAAAGGGGGUAACGGAGAUAUGGGGGGAGGACACCCCCAGAAUUCAUAUUGUAUGGAGCAAAGGGGGGUAACAGAGAUGGGGGGGGGGGGGUUAAGCCCCUUAUAUGGCUUGCAUAAUGAUGGAUUUCCACAAUAAUACAGGUUUUUAGAACGGUAUGCACAAUAGCCAUUGCCUAAUUCAUACUGGUUUCUUACACAGCAAUACUAAAUGCUUCAGCUAUAUGUUUUGCAAUAUUUUUCUAUGAAAACCGAUUGUUCCUCUCACCUUGUCUCGGUCUAUAGUGUUCUAACUAGGGCUUGAAGAAUAAUUUAUUGAUAUAUUGUACCAUUUCCAAAUUAUCAUCUUCUAACCUAUGAAUCCUUCCAAAUAAAAAGUAUGUUGAAAGCAAAA